AUGCCUGUUGAAAUUCUUCCAAAAUUAGUUCGAAUGUAUAAUGAAUUGUCAAAAGAUGUUCCAUUAAUUUGGCCUAAAAACCCAGUUUCUGUGAAAUAUUAUCUCGUGAUGAAAGAAUUAGGACACGUCAUUGAUGGAAACAGAACACUUGUGACCACUGAACUUAAUACAGUAAUAAGAGCAAACAAACUUUAUCAUGCAUACGAUGAAAACUUUCCUCACAAGAACAUUUUGGAAUAUCUCAAUUUAAAUAAGAAACCCACAGAAGGAAUGGCAAUAUUAUUUCCACACGCCCUCAAACGAUCCACAUCGAUCAUCAACAGCAAAAUUAUUACACUCAUUGAUCGAAAGGCCAAUUCGAGAAAUGUGAAAAAUCAUGAAAAGAUUUUACAACGAUUGAAAAAGACCUUUCCUCAACACCAUGUACGAGAAUUUGUCAUUCAACCUUUCGAACCUUCUCUUUAUCUACAACAAGUAGCAAAAGUAUGA